AUGUCUUACAACAACCGUGACAAUGACUACAGCUCCAACCGCUCCAGCGGAAAUGAUAGCUAUGGUUCUCGCCAAGGCAAUGACUCCUACGGGUCCUCCGGCCUAGGCGGCGACUCCUACGGUUCCAAGAAUGAUAGCUACGGCUCCUCCAACCGGGACAACAACUACGGUUCCUCCAAUGAUCCAUUCGGCUCCAACAGCCGCAAGGAUAAUGACUCCUACGGAUCCAAUGACAGUUACGGAUCCAAGAACGACUCCUACGGCUCGGGCAAUAACUCCAGCACUAAGCACCACAACAACGAUUCAUACAACUCAAAGAAGGAUACCUAUGGUUCUUCCAGCGAUUCCUACGGAUCAGGAUCGAAGAACGAUAGCUACGGAUCCGGCUCCAGCCGCCGUGAUAAUGAUAAUGACAAUGAUAACUCCUUCGGCUCGAAGAAGGACAGCUAUGGCUCUACCAGCGGCUUGUACGGCUCCAAGAACGACAACACCUACGGAUCAUCGGGCAACUCCGGUUCGAAGAAUGAUAACAGCUACGGAUCCUCCAGCGAUUCGUACGGCUCAAAGAAGGAGAACCACAGCUCUAACCGCCGUGAUAACGAUAACGACAAGUCCUAUGGAUCAUCCGGCUCGUACGGCAACAAUGACAACAGCAAAUCGUAUGGGUCCUCUAGCGACUCCUACGGCUCCAAGAACGACAGCUACGGUUCUUCCAGUGGCUCUCACAGCUCUAACUCUAACCGUCGCGAUAACGAUAAUGAUAACUCCUAUGGCUCCAAGAAGAAUGACCGCUAUGGCUCUUCUAAUGAUUCUUACAGAUCCAAGAACGAGAACAGCAACUCUUAUGGAUCCUCUGGUCCCCUUGGCUCUAGCCGUCGUGACAAUGACAACGACAACAGCUAUGGGUUUUCCGGUAACUCCAAUUCGAAGAAGGAGAGCAGCUAUGGUUCUUCCAAUGACUCCUAUGGAUCCAAGAACGAGAGUAGCUACGGUUCUAAGAACGAUAGCAACAACUCGUAUGGAUCCAAUAACGAGAGCACCUAUGGCUCCAAGAAUGAUAGCUAUGGUUCUAGUCGUCGUGACAACGAUAGCAGCUCUUAUGGUUCCUCUGGUAACGCCUACGGUUCGAAAAAUGAUAACAGCUAUGGAUCCUCUGGGUCUGGCUCUUAUGGCUCGAACAACACCCGGGAUGACUCGUACGGAUCGAACGAGCGCUCUAGUGGAUAUGGAAACUCAUCUUACUAG